AUGGCGAGCCUGUGCAAAAAGCAGCAAUGCACAAUCGACAGGCGCGGCUUUCGGCAGGAACUUGACUCGUGGCGACACAAACUCAUUCACUGUGUAGGUUUUGAGAGCAUCCUUGAAGGUCUGAUUUGUCCAGAGUUGCUAGAAGACCUAAAAGUAUUUAAGGACUCUAAUCAUGUUGCAGUUUCUGAUUGGUCAUUUGAUGAAAACUGUAUAUUCUGCUGUCUGAGAAGAGAUAAAGUUAAAGAACACUUGAUUGGCUUAAACAAAGGGCUUGAUGAGACACCCAAACGUCUCCUGGUUAAAGAUCAGCUCACAAUCAUCAGACUAGAGAAGCAAGCCGAGGAGUUUCUCAGUGCAGUUCUCUGCAGAAAAGAUGUGCCAAAUUUCUCAGAUCCAAACAUUCCAGUAGUGGCUCGAGAGAUUCUUCAGAGAAUGAUCAGUCAGUUUGCUGCCGAAUAUACCUCAAAAACCAGCUCCCCUCAGGACAGUCACUCAGACUCACCGCCUCAAUCUGACCAAAGCCUGCCGGCCCCACGCUCCCUGUCAGUGGUUCGUCCGAAAAUCCCUGCUGCCACUCUGGCUGGGCCUGCACACAACCAGAACCCAGUUCUGUGCAAGCUUCUCAUGGCUGACCAGGAUGCUCCCCUUGACCUCACCAUCAAGAAGCCCCUGGCAGAGCCCACUGAACAAGAUGGAGUGCUUGACCUAUCCAUCAAAAAGAAUCGCCAUAGCAACAGCAGCCCACCUGGCCACAAUCCCUGCUUUUCUCCUGCUACAUCCACACUGAAGGGUGAGUCUCCAGACCUUCGGGUCGCAAAGGCUAAAGACCUGCAGUCCACAGCCACGCUGGAACAGCUUAUGAAAAAACUUUGUCCCCAUCAUCAGAGGCAGAUAGUAGACGCCAUUGGCUUUCUUCAGAUGGAAGUUAAAGCACAUGCGUCUUGUAACGCACAGAAAGACUCCAACUCUACCGCUGCGAUCCAAGAAACAGAUCGUUCCAGUGCGAACUCCAGCAGAGUCAUCCUGGCAAAGUCACUCCCUGAGCUAAAGCUUCCCAGUGAAUCGACUCCUAAGGCAGAAGUCCAGGAACUGUCUUAUUCUGUCCCAAACAGCUGUGAACUGAAGAAGAUUCCAGAGAAUGCUGUGUCCCUGAAAACAUCUGUAAAUGCUGGCUCUGCUUUGGAUAUUUUCAGUCUUGCAUCAGAAAAUGACCAACAGCUAGCCACUUCUAUUGCUAAUGCAGUGGAUGGAGAGAACAACCGUGAUGGUGAUCACGCCCCUCUUAAGAUGAAAAUUAUGACUAGCACCGCUGCUGCUGGUAAAAAGUUGUCCUGCAUUCUCAAUGCCGCUUUUUCUUCUAACUCUGAAACGUUUGAGAACAAACAGGCUAACACCAAUUCGCCCAGCCGGGGAGAGCCUCACAGUGCAAGACUCAGCACGUCUGCGAAAAGACUCAGUCAGACAAGUCUCGCGCAUCAAGCUAGACAAAUGGAGAUUCUUGGCAACCUAAAAGAUGCACCAGCAAGAGUGUUUCCAGUCCGUAUGGCUAUUUCUUCAGAUUCUGCUCAAACUGCCAGGAAGACCAUGAGGGUGUCCAGUGAACAUGGGCUCAAGGAUUCUGUUUGUAUGGACAUAGUUGACCCUGAUAUUGGUCACUGUGACAUAGUUUUUAUAGACAAGCCCAUUACAGAGUGUUUUAAGAAGCAGCGACGUAGUUUGCUCCCACGCCGCAACGCCAGAAAAAGCACCAGGGGACAUAUGUAUUCAGAUGAAAUUUGGGAGUUAAAAACUGUUCGCACAUUGGCCAGAAGAGGCAGCUGUCCUAAUCCAAUGCCAGAGCUGAUCACACUGAUCACCCCAAAACAUAUACUUGCAAAGCCUGAUGGUGUACCUCCUGUUGAUUUGCCUUUUUCUGGAGCAUGCACAGAGACAAUGAAUCACCAAACGCCCACAGAAGAGUCCAAUGAGGGUGUAAUUCCACGAGCAGAAGACAUUGUAGAGAUAGCAGCUAGUAAAGUAGACAUGGUAGUUGAAAUGAGUCAGACAGAUCUGUGUCAGAACAAAGAGCAGUCCGGUCCAGCAUCUCCAUUAAAGCUCCAUGUAGAGAACCAAGAAACUCUUACGGAUGCUUUUGCAGAACAGGAAAAAACCGCAGAGUUAGAAAUGACAGCACAAAGUGGAGAAAGUGUUGAUCGCUCGCCACACGCCGAAGCAACAAAAGAGAACGAGCCGGAACCACAAAAAGUCCUAGAUCUCAAUACAGAGCAAACGGUUUCAGAAGCAGAGGUGCAGCCAGUAGAGAGCGAUGCCAUAGAAGAAGUUGAGCCCCGACUUUCAUCUGAUAAACUAACCAACGGUGAGCCUGAUCUUCAGCAGAGCACUACCUCGUCUUCUUCAAUGAAUCAAGUUGAGGAAGCGAUGGAGGAAGACAAAGAGGAAAAUAUUCAAAAUGUGCAACAUCAGGAACUUCAGUCUGCAACACAAACUCAUCCUGACAGUGUUGACGUAACUGAGAAUUUGUUGACCACAGGUUCAGCAGAGGAACUGAUUGUGAAACCGGUGGAAGUUGAAACUCCUCAAGUCAUCGACAGCUCAACACUUGCGGAGACAAAAAAUAAUGACACUGAUGCAUCAACAAAGGCACUUGAUGCACCUCUGAAAGAGUCGCCACCUCCACGUAAGAAAAAAACUACCAAACGUUUGCUUGCAGAGUCACUGAAACUGACAGAAACAGUCGUGGGUUAUGUUAAUGGUAAACCUGUAUCAGCUUCUGACAGGAGUUUACGCCACAGAGCAGGCAGUAACCCCAUAUCGCCAAGUAAAACUCCAGUAAAAUCGAGUCAGAAUGUACCCAACAAAACUCUUCCUGAUCCUGCUGCUGAUUUACCAGUUGAAAUCCAAAAAGUAGAGAACCCUUCACCUGAAACACACAUGCCUAUGAAACUGGUGGUAACUCCUCCAGAAAUUCAGCAGGUGGCAGAACCAUCCUCUGAGACCUCAUCAACCCAAGCAUCGAAAUCACCUUUAAACCCCCAAAAGAUCCAUUGUGACAAGAAUGAUCAGAAAAAUAGCUUGUCUGUGCCUCCUGAUCAGCCUCAUGCUCAGCCUCCUGAUCAGCAGCCUGCUCAGCCUCCUGAUCAUCCUGAUCAGCAGCCUGCUCAGCCUCCUGAUCAGCAGCCUGCUCAGUCUCCUGCUCAGCCUCCUGAUCAGGCUCAGAACACUACACACAAACGCCCUCUGAGAUCAGCCAGCCACAAGCCAUUUGUUACUCCAGCAUCAGUACCUUCUUCUUCGGUCACUUCCUUGUCCUCUCCAAAACCUUCUUCACUUAUUCUUCCCCUUGCAGAACAGAGCCCCCUCCUCCCUUAUCCACCAUCAGUUACAGCAUCUUCUCUAAAAACGUCACCUGAACCGCCAGCAUCCGAGCAACCUCAACAGAAGACAGAAACUGUGAACUCAAACGUUAAAAACACACAGUCAACUGAGGCGGCCUCUGAAGAUGUACCAAAAUCUAAUGUGCCCACAGGAUCAGAAACCAAACAGAAACUAAGAUCAGCCAGAGCUGUAACAAACAGCAGUGAGAAGGAGAAGCAGCAAAUUAGUGAGGGGGAAUCAAAUUCCUCAGAAAGUAAGAGUCCUUUCAAGACCGAAUUGGAAAUGGAGCCGGUUUCAGUUAGAGGCAAACGAGGUCGUCGAAGGAACAGAGAUGUAGUUGAUGUUGCUUUGAUUCCGAAAAAAAAAGUAUCGUUGGAGGACAAGUCGGCAGACGGAGACGGUAACGGUGCUUCUGUAUCAGACAAACCCACAAGAAUGCCAUUAAGGAGUGAGACCAGUAAGGCUGAAACGCCCGACCAGUCUGUAAAUCAGUUGCCACCAGCAGACAAAUUCAAAAAAACGUUCAAUACAAAAACCAGCACACCAGCAGACAAGAAAUUAGCCUUGAGAUCACAAAGGUUGACUACACCUUCUGCCAGUUCUACUGAAACUUCAAAACAAAGUAAUGUGUCAUCACCUGCUAGAACAUUGCCAGAGAGAAUAUCUAAAGGUCAAGGAAGGCCCAAUCCAGUGUCUGUUACAUCGUUUUCUCACAACGCAGACCUCCCUGUGGUUACCCCAAAAGACGAGUCCCCAAAACAAACAAACAACAAAUUCUUUGAGACGCUAAUGGGAGAAGAGAGCCAACACUUAAUUACAAAUCUGAACAACAAAUACGAUAAACUGCUGAAGAGUUGGGUGCAAUUGGACAAAGAGGGUCAGCCACCAGCAAAAUACAAAAACAAAUCGGACAGACAGGCAGCUAUAUGGAAAAGUAAACGCAGGGCACGGAAGUCCAAGUCCUCGGAGCAUCAGAAAUACUCGCCCGUCCAAAUGCUUUUCAUGAGAAGUUUUAAUCUCACCAGCAUUUGUCACUGGUUUCUAGAAACAACAGAAACUAAAUCCCUUGUUAUUGUCAAGAAUGUCAACACUCGUCUUCCGUCAGAAACCCAGCUGUGCUUCCACAGCUCGGCGUCUGCAUCAGGGCCUUCACAAGGAGUGUUCCCGAGCCUUCAGGCGGAGCGUUUAAAGAAACAUUUGAAAAAGUUUGCCAUAGCCUCUCCUGUUAAGAGCAAUCCCAAGAGUCUGAAGCUCAUUGCUAAAGCACUCGAGCAAGAGGCAAACACAGUUAAAGGAAUGGAAGAAGUUCCCAGUGAUGCUCCAACUCCCAGUAAGUCAACAGCCUCCGAUAAAACCUGCGCACAAAAACAGGAAUCCAAAAAAUCCUCAGCAAAUAAGAAUCCAGCUAGUGCAAGAAUCCUGAGGAAGUACUCCAACAUCCGAGAGAAGAUGCAGGUUCAGCAAACCACGGUGAGGCUGAAGGGGGCCUCCAAAAUGUUAAAAAACAAAAAGAUGAAAACACUGGCUGCUGCCAAAUCUGCCAAGGCAAAGCUCAAACCAUCUCUGAAGGGACGGAAAGCAGCGAUGCCCAUCGGCAAGCAAAUGAAAGAGUCCACAGCGAAACUGCACAGGACGAAAAUGUUAGCUGUAAAAAAGUCGGCGAAGCGUUUAUUUCAAAAGAAGGCAGGCAAAGCUCCAAAGGCUGCACGUAAAAAAGAACUGCCAAAAAGAUCUUCUCAACGACUCGGGUCUCCUAAAAUAUCUGAGCAGAACUCCGUGGACACGUCAAAAAGCAAGGUGACCAGCAAAAAGCAGAACGAGGCAGACAAAGCAGAAGUGGAGAAGUGCGACGCAAAUAAAGCGAGUUCUGCUAAAAUCCAAAUGAAGGACUCCUCUCAGGGUGCGGCUGCAGAAGCCAAAGGUUGUGAAAACGCAGCCGAAAUCAAACAGCAGAGCACGGAGGUGCAGUCUCCAGCCUCCCCGGACCAGGUGCUAACAAGAUCCCAGAGGAAACUGGAGGCAGCGGCCCCUCCGAGUCCAAGUCCUGCUUCAAAGAGGGCCAAAAAGCCCAAAUCUUCACACACAGCGUCUCCUAAAGUGGUCAAGGAAGCGGAUGAACCGAAGCUGACGAGAAGCGGGGUUGUGAAGAGACCUCAGAAAUCAUCACUGCCAAGAAGUGUCGCUAAAGGAGCCACCAAGAGAGCUCGGGGGCCUUUGGAGACCCCCACAAAGCGCACCAGGACAAAAUAGAAUGGGCUCAUGGAAAGAGAUCUUUAUUAUUAUUAUUAUUUUUAAUCUGAAAAAUACAGAGGACGACAAAAUAUUUCUAUUUUAUUUUCUUCCUAAACUCGUCAGAGGAUGCUCUUCUCAGUGACUAUGGAAGAAACGGACACUAAGUCAUGCGUCAUGCCGUAUUUCCUAAAGGUUUGUGCCGUGUUCAGGGGCGCCAGACGAGUUCUGCGUCGCGUCUUCACAGCUUCAGCGCUCAACUACCGUGUUUUUCAGAUUAUAAGGCGCAUUAAGCGAAACGAAACAGAAAAGUCAAACUUUAUUCAAGCGAUUCACAAUAACCACAUACAAUCAGUUCGAGGUCAGAAAGCACAAGCAGAACGAAUGCGUAAGGCGCACUGUUGAUUUUUGAGAAAAUUAAAGUGCACCUUCUAGUCUGAGAAACACGGUAAACGUCUGGAGAUAACAGCCUGUCAAACCUCGUUUUAGUUGAGAUAAAACACAUUGUUGGAUUGUAUUAAGUUAACGGUCAUAUUUUUCUGCUCCUUUGUUCCUCUUUGUGUAUAGUUGUUUUAAUGGCGGCACGUAUCGCAUUACUGUUCUACGAUCUUUGAGAAGGGAGUCUCGAGUCCACUUUUUCCGUGCAGUCAGUCGUCAGAUCGUUCCUCCAGCCAGUCUUCCAGUCACAGCCGUGUGAAAAUGUGACGUGACCAGGUGCCUUAUUUAUGAACCGUAACCGAAUGUGUCGCGAACUGUGAAUCCUUCUCUCUUUUCCUGGAGACGCAGUUGAUGUUCACGCACGUCACGACGCGUUGUGUUUUCCUGCCGUUUCUUUCGUUGGCUGUAGCGUUCAGAGUUUGACUCGUCCCCUCAACAGAUUUAAUUUUAU